UUGGAGUGUGUUACCCGUCGUCGCACGUAAAAAAAGUCGUGAAACAUUCGAAAUCGAAAUUUAGGCAAUCAAGCCAAAAAGUGAAAACACCACAUACAUACAUAAAUACAAACAUACCAUUUACCUACAAAUACGCCAAGUUCGUUUUCUAUUGGCAGGUGCUAAGACAAACGCGCUCAGGACUCUUACCAAAACAGCAGUGACCUCUAGAACGCAAUGACAACGAAGUGGCCAGAAAACGUUGGCAUUCGCGCCAUUGAAGUGCUCUUCCCCUCACAAUAUGUGGACCAAACAGAGCUGGAACAAUUCGACGGCGCCUCGGCUGGCAAGUACACGAUUGGUCUGGGACAGGCCAAGAUGGGCUUUUGCUCGGACCGCGAGGAUGUCAAUUCCCUAUGUUUGACGGUGGUAAGCCGCUUGCUGGAGCGGCAUCACAUCAAACACACGGAGAUCGGGCGCCUGGAAGUGGGCACCGAAACAAUUGUGGAUAAAUCCAAGUCCGUGAAAUCUGUUCUCAUGCAGUUGUUUGCCGAGAGCGGGAACACGGAUAUCGAAGGCAUUGAUACCACAAACGCCUGUUAUGGCGGAACGGCCGCUCUUUUCAAUGCCAUCAAUUGGAUCGAGUCGUCUAGCUGGGAUGGACGCUACGCUUUGGCCGUGUGUGCCGAUAUUGCGGUCUAUGCAAAGGGAGCGGCACGUCCUACGGGUGGGGCUGGCGCCAUUGCUAUGCUGGUGGCACCCAAUGCGCCGCUGGUCUUUGAACGGGGACUGCGUGCCACACAUAUGGAGCAUGCCUACGACUUUUACAAGCCCGAUCUAAGCUCCGAGUACCCUACGGUUGACGGCAAGCUAUCCAUACAGUGCUACUUGUCGGCUUUGGACACCUGCUAUCGCCUGUACCGCAAGAAGUUCGAAAAGCUGCAGCCAAACUCGCCGCAAAUCGGUUUGGAAAGCUUUGAUGCGCUGCUCUUUCACACGCCGUUCUGCAAGCUCGUCCAGAAAUCCGUGGGUCGACUCAGCUUCAACGAUUUUCUGUUGACCAGCGAGGAGAAGCGCGCCAACAAGUUUUCCGGGCUGGAACGCUUUAACAAUGCCACUUUGGAGAGCACCUACUUUGAUAGGGACGUAGAGAAGGCUUUUCUGACGCAGUCGGCCGAAGUGUUUGAGGCCAAGACGAAAAAAUCGUUACUGUUAGCCAACCAGGUGGGAAACAUGUACACGCCUUCCGUCUACUCGGGGCUUGUAUCGUUAUUAAUAAGCGUGCCUGCUGCCGACCUGGUGGGCAAACGUAUUGGCGUCUUCUCCUAUGGCUCCGGUCUCGCUGCCUCCAUGUACUCCAUACGCGUAACGCAAGAGGCGCAGGUGUUUGAGGAGUUUGUGGCUAAGCUGGAUUAUGUGCUGCCAUUGCUGAAUUCACGCGAGAAGAUUGCGCCCGAACAAUUCUCCGAGCUGAUGGAGGUGCGCGAGAAGAACAACCAUGUGGCGCCCUACACGCCCACUGGCAGCGUGAGUGCGCUCUUCCCGGGAACCUACUAUCUCAAGGACGUAGACGCACUGCAUAGACGCAGCUACGAACGCACGCCUACCAUUAGCAAUGGUGUACAUUAGAAAUGCAGGAAUGCAACCAAAUUUAUUUAUCUUCAGGGUCCACACGGUUGGUUCUUAUAACUUUUUUGUUACUUUUAUUCUUUUGGCAAACUCUACGGGUUAUUUAAUUGGGCGCAGUAUCGAAACUAAUUUAAAUAUGACAAUAACGGUUGACUUUAUCAAUGUAAUAGAAAAUACUAUUUAUAACUAUGCUGGCGUAGCCUCUAAGGUGUACUUUAACCAAGGCGUUUCUCUUUUGAGAGCGGUCCGACGGUUGGGCGCCGAAAUCCUUCACGCUUAAUCUAAUCAACUUUUUAACGUUUCAAUUCUAAAUGGACGCCGAAGUAUAUGCAAUAAACACGUACAUAUUUAUUUUAUAAUGUGCAAAUUACGUUUUCAUAAAAACCAACUAAUAUUUAUAUCAUGAAUGCACACACAAGGAAAUUUCUCAUUGUUAAAUUCUUUAUAGCUAGUGUCAAAAAAUAAAUAUAAAAAAAUGUACAAUA